AAAUGAUCACAGGUGAAAAAAAACAUAUGGACCCAAAUCCCACGUGAAUAUUUUUUUAUUUUCUUGUCUUUAUCUUUUAUGUAUCGAGUGGAUUUCUGUUGACGUUGCGUCCAAAAGUAUAUAUCGAAAGAUAUAUUUGUAUAUUGCCCCACACAAGAUCUGCUCUUACAAAAUCUUGUCCAACGAUGCUUUUUAGUUUUUAGGGUUUUCCUCGUCGGAUUCCUGUUCGCCGGUCACCGGAAUCUGAUCUUUCACCGGCUGCUAGAUCUUUAUUCUCGACAAAGGGUAUCUAAAUUUGUGUAUCAAACAAUAUGCUUGUCUUUAAUUAUUAUGUCUUAUCUUUUAUUUCAUUACUCUCAUGCUUUUUAGGUUUUUAUGUCUUCUACCUUAUUCGAUGAACUUGCAUCUUGUCCGAGAGCAAGCCACAAUUUUAUGCUUUUUUUUUUAGCAAACCAUAAUUUUUUGUAACACUUUAAAUAGAAUGCAAGGUUUUAUAAAUAUAUACAUAUAUAUAUAUAUACCAUAACACGCUAUAGCAAGGUUCUUUUGGUUGCCAAAUCCACAGUUUUAGUAGUCUUUUUACAAUUAAAGUGUUUAUUCUAUACACAUAUACCUAGGACUGAACAAAAUAUCCGUAAAUUUUAAUUUAAUUAAUUGUUCAUUUUAGUUUUAAAAAAAUUUGGAUAUUCGAUCCGUGACCACUUCAAUGAUAUAUAUCAAUUAAACUGCCAAUACUAAUUAGUUUUAAUUAAUUUCACUAUUUUAGUAGUCUUUUUUUUUAAUAAAAGUGUUUAUUUUAUAAAUAUAUACGUAAGGCUGGACAAAAUAUCUAAAUUUUGAUUCAAUUUGUUAUUCGUUUUGAUUUGUUUUGAUUUGAAAAAAAAAAUUGGAUAUUGGAUACGUGACCACCCAAUGAUAUAUAUAUAUAUAUAUAUAUAUAUAUAUAUCAAUUAAACUAAAAAUACUAGUUAAAGUUUUAGUUAAUUUCAAUACUUUAUUUUAAAAAUUAAUUUCAUCAGCAUGUAUAUACAUGUAAUAGUGACGAUGAGUUCUACCAUAACAAUAAUAAAGUAUAUUAAAAGGAAGCACCAUGACCAUUUUACAUUCAUAUAUUGGUAGGAUAAUGGAAACCAAUUAUUUAUGCGUUGUCCACUUUCAGACACAUUUUUUUUUUUUUGAAAAGAUGUGGUAUUUUAGUUUCUCAUUGCAUAGUAAAGAUGUGUUAUUUUAGUUUCUAUUAAUGUAUGAAUUAAUUCACUAUUUACUUCGUUUCAUUUGACUUUUUUCUUCAAAUAACAUCAGUUAUAUGAAAAGUUCUUUAAUUUGUAUAAAUCAUCACAACUGGAGUAUCUUUGAAAUUUUCUAUAAUAAAAGUUAAUAGGUUUAAUAGUCACUAGCUAGUAUAUUGUUAUUGCUUAUUGCUACUGACUGACUGUCAUCAUCAUCCAUCAACGUUAUUAUUGUUUUGAUAUCUAUUUCUUAUGCAUAAAGUUACAAUAGGCUAUAUGAUUCAACAAUAGCCACUAAGCAAAGCAACUUGAAGAAAUUAACAAUUCAUUAUUAGAACCAAAAAUGAUUGAUUUGGGUUGCUAAGUCGUACAAGGGAUAGCUUAAACAAAUAUUUCUUAAGGAAUUUUAAAAGAUAAGUAUAUCAUAACAGUGCGCAAAUAACCACAUCAAUGACCAAAAAGUUAAUUAACAAACCAAGUAUAAUAACAACAUUUUCGUAUCAAUUCUUUUAAAGAAGCUGGAGCACCUUCUCACGGGUCCCAUCCAUUGAUAUAUACAUUCUCUCUUUCGUUUAAUAAAAAACUAAUGUGUACUAAUUUGUAUAUAUAUUAUUACAAAGUCGACAUUUGAAUAAGUGUUGUGUACGUUGCUAAAAUAUUUUUCUAGGAUGAUGACAAAGAAAGUCACAGAAAGUAACGUGUGAACUUAACGAUAACAAAAUACGUACAAUCUCUAUAAAACUAGUAUACAAAAAGGAUAAAAUCUCGUUAAAUAGAUCUUCUUCAUUUGUCAAACGUAGUAUGGAUUGGUCAUUAAGAUAUAUAAUAUACACGGUGUCUCUAAAAACAAUAUAAAGCUUUCACGUUAUCUUACAAAUUAUUUUGCGAGAUCGAAACUAAUCACGCCUUUGCAAUGAUUACCUUUUUUAUAGAUUGGUAUUUACUAGUUGUAGCUUGUAUAUAAAUUUACAUGAUAUCUAUACAGUUAUCAUUAUUUAGUUUCAAUCGUGCAUCACAAAAAUUGCAUAAUCGGUCAUGGAUAAAACCGAAUGAAAAAUUACAAAAAUAUAAAUUUUCAAAUUUGUAGAAAUAAAUAUUUCCUAUAGCCCCAGAAUCUCAGGUGACAUUGGUUCAUUAUAAUGAUAUAUUUCAUAUCUUCAGUUGUUGUAGUCCUGUGUGAAAUUAUAAUAUGAUUUGUUUUUUUUUAAUGUAAUAUUCAUAAUUACUUAAAAUGUUUAUAUUCUGAUUCAGUUACAUGGUGUUCAAAUAAAAGCAGAUAGAAUUUUCAUAUUCGCAUGAAAUGAUAAAAAUUUACUGUCGCUUUAUUUAUAUAUAUUUUUCGUAGAAAUACAUGAAUAGUUUCUCUCCUCGUUCCAUUAUUUCUCAGUACUACGUAUCUCUCUCUCUCUCUCUUUCCUUUACUUUAUUGCCGCUUUUAAACCUGCGAUUUGCUCAUAGACCAAAAACAUAUACCUAAUGAUGUCGUCGGAGCAUCACACACCAACGAAAGAUCCACCGGAUCAUCCAUCUUCUUCCUCCAACCAUCUCAAGCAACCGCUUCCUUCUCAACCGCAACCGCAGCAACCGCUCAGCCGCUACGAGUCGCAAAAACGCCGCGAUUGGAACACGUUCAUCCAAUACCUAAAAUCGCAGAAUCCACCGUUGAUGAUGUCUCAGUUUGAUUACACGCACGUGCUAAGUUUCCUAAGGUACUUAGAUCAGUUCGGUAAAACCAAAGUACAUCACCAAGCUUGUGUCUUCUUCGGACAACCCGAUCCACCAGGACCGUGCACGUGUCCUCUCAAACAAGCUUGGGGAAGCUUAGAUGCUUUGAUCGGACGGUUGAGAGCUGCUUACGAGGAACACGGUGGCGGGUCGCCUGAUACAAACCCGUUUGCAAACGGGUCAAUCCGGGUUCACUUGAGGGAAGUGAGAGAAUCUCAAGCCAAGGCUCGUGGGAUACCUUACAGGAAGAAGAAGAGGAGGAGGAAGACCAUAAACGACGUCGUAGUUGUCAAGAAAGAUGUUGCAAACUCUUCAUCGACUCAUAAUCAGUCGUCCGCUUGAUAAUUUAUCAUAUAAAAAAUAUCUUAUCAAUAGA